UCAGUUCAAACAGUAAUUUACCAUGGAUAGGGAUACUUGCCAAUUGAUGUCACUGCGACUCUCUCGUGCGCUGGAGGACAUUGGCGUCAGUGAGUGGAUUAUUACCAGGAGGAGGAGAAUGGCGUUGAUGACAGAGUCAAUGAUUUCUUUAGGCCAUAGAGCAAUAGAUCCAGCUAUGAAUUUUUAUAACUUUGGUAGUCAGAGUGAGGGUUCAACGACACUAGGGAUGGACUCGGAUCUUGACAUGUUAUUUAGCAACUUGUCAGCUCAACUAGACUCGAGUGGAUGGCAGCCUGGUGUGUCAUUUAUUGCUUUUAAGAAUGAGCGAAUCCCACCCCAGCACUGCUACGUCCAGAUAUGUAGACCAGAAUUGUCACCGCUCUUUGGUCACUCUUCUGUGAGGGACAGUGGAGGGAGAUUGUUGUUGGAAAACACAUGGCUGGAUGAAUGUGCAGCAUUACAUGCCGAACGUGUUGGUCAACUUAUUAUACGUCAUGGGCCUUCAAGGAGCUGUUAUGAACAAUUGGAUAUGGUUACUGCAUUUACCUGUGCAGGACUACCUGAAGAGUGCCAGUUCAUGUUCAGCAGACCGCGCCCUGGACACUGGCCUAGACUUGAGACAUUGGCCAAAGCAAGGAAGUGCCCUACUUUUAUUGUACCACAGGGAUACCCUGACAGUGAAAAUAAAAAAAUAGAAUGGAGGUUUUCCACCUCACUGAUGGAAAGACUGCUAGUGUUUGACUUUACCACGUCCCAAAUGAAAGUUUACACUUUGUUAAAAAUGAUCAGGAAAUCAUUUAUCAAACCCAUAGUUGGUGAUAGGCUGAGUACGUUUCAUCUUAAAACGGCCAUGAUGUUUACAAUAGAGAGCUACCCACCAGAUAUAUGGAGAGAAGACCAAAUUAUACAAUGUGCCAUUUACUGUCUGACAACUCUUUGCAGAUGGCUAAAGCUGGGGUACAGUCCACACUUUACCAUAUCUGGUGUAAAUUUGUUUGUUGGGAAACUAAACAAAGAUGAAAGGCAUAGAGUGUUUGAAGAGUUUCAAGACUAUAUAAAUGAAAGCCUUCAAAUUGUUUUUAGCGUACAAAUGGAUGAUUUAGGGUCAAGACUGAUCAAUAUGUUGGAUUCUGCACAAUAUCACACCAUGAUGACUAGAAACCAAAUGUUGAAAUCAGCAUUAACAAUUAUGGCUUUAAAGCAUAUUUCACUUCCAUGUCUCUACUUUAAAACAUAUAUAUUCUUAGAAAGUGUAUUUGCAUGCACUCCUAAUUUUUAAUGAAUUUAAUGACCUACUCAAUGACCCUAGCAGAUCUGACAGAAACUGGCAAUGACCGCAAGAAAGAGGCAGCAUCAUAUCUGAUUACUAUUCGUUUGGGCAUACUUGCCUCCACACUAGCUUCAGAGUGCAUUAGACUUGGUCAGCCCAUUACUAUGGAAAAUCUCAACCUAUACAAGAUGUCCUUUGACUCUGACCUUCUGUCCAGCAGGCUGAAAUUUGCAUCGAUGUUGUACUGUAGAGGGCAGUUUGUGUCUGCAACACACAUACUGAGUUAUUGUGAAAGUCUACUGGGAAGUCAUAUGGUACACUUAUGUCCGUGCAACGUAAUAUACACAGUCCAAAGUGAUGAUGGGUUUGCUGAUGAAAUUAUGAAUAUGAAAACAUCUGAUAUAUGCAGAACCAGCAUUGCUUUCUGCGUGCAAUUUACUAUCCAUGAACGUUAUUGUGUACCUGAGCACCUGGCGUAUGACCUGACUCGGAUUAAAACAGCAGCAUUAGACAGUGUGCCAUUUCUCUACUACCUUCAGUACCUCACAUACAGACAGCUGCAUCAAGAUGAAAGGAAACGUACUGCCUUUCAAAAACUUUCCCGUCACGUAUAUAGUCCAUCCUUCAUCCAUUUUGGCCACCCAGAGACCUAUUUAAAUGUUCUUGCUCAUUGCUUUGAAAUGGAGAACAUGCCAGUUUGGGCCAAGCUGCAUUAUAGACUGUCUUUGAUACUUAAGCCAGAAAACAAUGCAGCCAACUGGCAUUUAAGGAGACUUUCAUAAAAUGCUAUUUACUAGAAUGAGUGAAAAAGACACGAAUUUGGAAUUUUGCUUAAUUGUUUAUCUGAGAGCUUUGAUCAAAACGUAUACACUGAUGUAGCAGUUUUAAACAA